UAAACUUUUCCUUUGAGAAGCCGGGACUCAUCACAGCUACAUCCAGGCUUGCGCGCCAGGCCACGACUAGUCCGCAGGAGGCUCAUUCCUCUCAUUUACUCAUCGUCCCCCGUUGCAACCACUACAGUCACAAAGAUGGACACUGGAGAAAAGUACAGCCCGAACAUGAUCCGCCUGUGGCGCGUCUUCCGCACCACCAAGGAAAUGUGCUUGGACAGGGGUUACCAGCUGCUUGAAGAAGAAACGCAGAUAAGCCUUCAGGAAUUCGCAGAGAGAUACGGCAGAGGCGAUGGCGAGCCAGACCGCAGUCGCAUGAACUACUCAUGCCAACCCUCCGAAGCGAUGCUCAAGAAAUACGCGGUGCCGCCGACAGCCAAAGACCCGGAUCCGGCUCCCCAGAUCGGCACUCUCUGGGUGGAAUUCAACGGCGACGAAAACGUGGGAUUGAAGCAACUCAAGGACUACAUACAACAUCUGGCCACCGGCAGCUACUACUCAGGCAUCAUGGUUACUAUCAAGCCCAUGACCGGCAUGGCUCUCAAACUUCUCCGCGACACCGCUAGCAUCUCUGAACUGGGGCCCAAAGGCGGUGUGGAAGUCUUUGUCGAGCAGGAUCUUCUGGUCAAUAUCACCAAGCACGAACUGGUCCCGAAGCAUGUGCUUCUCAGCAGGGAAGAGAAGGCGCAGUUGCUGCAGAGGUAUCGCCUCAAGGAGACCCAGCUUCCCCGUAUCCAGGUCACGGAUCCCGUUGCGAAGUACCUCGGUUUGAGGAGAGGGCAGGUUGUGAAGAUCAUCAGAAAGUCGGAAACCGCAGGACGAUACGCGAGUUAUCGAUGGGCGAUAUAA